ACUCCUCCUCUGGACUGGCCACAGGAAGGUGAAGUUGUUUUUGAAAACGCAGAGAUGCGGUACCGAGAGAACCUCCCUCUAGUACUUAAAAAAGUGUCCUUUACCAUCAAACCGAAGGAGAAGAUUGGCAUUGUGGGCAGGACAGGCUCAGGGAAGUCUUCCCUUGGAAUGGCACUCUUCCGUCUCGUUGAACUGUCUGGAGGCUGCAUUAAAAUUGACGGAGUGAAAAUAAAUGACAUCGGUUUGGCAGAUCUUCGCAGCAAACUCUCAAUAAUUCCUCAGGAACCCGUGCUGUUCAGUGGCACUGUGAGAUCAAACUUGGAUCCUUUCAAUCAGUACAGUGAGGAACAAAUCUGGGAUGCUUUGGAAAGGACUCACAUGAAGGAGUGUGUUGCCCAGCUGCCUAUGAAACUUGAUUCAGAAGUGAUGGAGAAUGGGGAAAACUUUUCGGUUGGAGAGAGGCAGUUGCUGUGCAUAGCUAGAGCUCUACUGCGGCGUUGCAAGAUUUUGAUACUGGAUGAAGCAACAGCUGCUAUGGACACAGAGACAGAUCUACUGAUUCAGGAGACCAUCAGAGAGGCAUUUGCAGACUGCACUAUGUUAACAAUUGCUCAUCGCCUGCAUACGGUACUGGGCUCCGAUCGGAUCAUGGUGCUAACACAGGGACAGGUGGUGGAAUUCGACAUGCCGUCUGCCCUUCUGGCCAACGAGAACUCGCGCUUCUAUGCUAUGUUUGCUGCUGCGGAGAACAAGGUUGCUGUCAAGGGCUAAAAUUCAGGGCAAAGUCACUUUCAUUUCGGAGAGCUACGCUCCCUGCCUGUGGCAGGCCAGCUCUUCCUCCUUCUUUUUCUCCUUCAAGCAGAUUAUUGCCUUUUCAUCUUUUAAUUUUUAGCACAAUGUGUUAAGCCAGACUGUUUUUAAAACCGUGUCAGAAGAAUUCUUCAUGUUUUUAUUACUGUAUUUAUUCCAUAAUCAUAUUACUAAUUUUUUGUCAUUAAAUGCACUCUACAAAUGGCUCAGGGAGCCAUAGUUAUAAAUGUAUCAGAGGCCUAUAAUGAAGCUUUAUACAUGUAGCUAUAUCUAUACAUAUUUCUGUAUAUAGCCUAUAUUUACAGUGGAAAUGUAAGCUGUUUAUUUUAUAUUAAAAUACGCACUGUAUUAAUAACAGUGCAUAUUCUUUUCUAUAAUUUUUGUACAGUUUACGGUACCAGAGAUCUGGCUUUGCUAUCAGACUGUAUCAGACACCGUUUUGUCUUUUACAGCUGGUCUUUUCCUAGUGCCGGAUUUUCUGCGUGUCUGAGUGGAAGUGAAGCUUUGCAAUAGUGUCCUUUAUUGUCACAUCUUCGUUGUCUAGCGCAGGGGGGAAGAGCUCUGUGGUGUAACUAUUGCAUUGUAAUUUAUCAAAGCUAUUUAGAACAUUGCUGAUGUUCACCACGGCAGCGGCCGCUGCUUCCCGUCAUGCUUUCCCAAAGCAGGGUUUUUAGUGAUCUCCUGAGUGGAGAACCACUUCUGGGUCACAUUAAGGCCUCGUAUUUUCUCAGUGUCCUGAUACAGUAUUUCUCACUGUCUCAGCAGGGUUUAUUUUAAUGCAAGCAAGCCCAAGCUCUUCCUGCUUCGCUGAUCUAACACAACCAAAAUCUAACUGUUCGUGGAAUGAUCUGUAACAAAUUAAUCAUAGGGUUCGAAUCUCACCUUGUACGCUAGCAGGGAAGGCUUUUCAGAGUCGCUUCAGCUGACUGACUCCUUUAUCUUGAAGCUGCUAACAGUCCUCGGAGGUUUAGGUUGGCUUUCAUUGGCAUGGGUAACACUAACUCCUUAUUCUGCUCACUUAUUAUAAGGUUAAACAACAUUAAUAUUUCCUGUUUCUUUAUUGCACACUUGUUAAGGAAACAGUCCCCCACCCCACGUCUUCUGGAACUUUGAACAGGUUCCUGUUGAUCAGGAUGUAACCCUGGUGUAGGACAUUGUUUUCUUACUGUAAAGAGACCUACCUCAGGUUACUAGGUCCUGUGUAGUACGUUGCCACGAUCACUGUACCCCAUCCCUGUUUCACGGGGCCUGUGGCCCGGGCGGGCACGGUCGCUCCUGUAAUAGCCGUGACUUACUGAAUGGUCAGCGUUGCAUGUCUCUGUCAACUUGGACAUUUUGUAGCCUUAGCAUGUUUGCAAAAUGUCUCACUGAGGCAGAAAUCUGAAAAGCAAAUAAAACUAUUUUGGGUUUUGUAAA